AAAAUCCAAUUGGAGCGCACCAAGAGAAUCGUUCUGCCAUAGUCCGAGGUUCUCGGGCUUUAUAUAGCUGAUCCAAAAGGGUCUACGAGCGUUUUUUGGAUGUGACCUUGUUGCACAGGGCCUAGGAGGAAAGGAGUAGUAAGCAUAUGGACGCGGACGGAGCGAGCGAGGGUGAGGAGCAGCGUGAGGCUGUAGCGACUCCGGAUCAGCCACGGCUCAUGAUCAGCAAGAUCGUGUGCACAAACUUCAAGUCCUACGCGGGGGUCAAGGAGCUCGGUCCCUUCCACAAGUGCUUUACGUCAAUAGUCGGGCCCAACGGGAGCGGAAAGUCAAACGUAAUUGACUCCAUGCUGUUCGUGUUUGGCUACCGCGCGAGAAAGAUCCGCUCCAAGAAGAUAUCGGUACUCAUCCACAAUUCCGACAAGCAUCGAGACCUCCAGAGUUGCACGGUCGCUGUUCACUUUCAACACAUUGUUGACAUGGAGGGAGAUGAGUAUUCUGUGGUCCCAGGGAGUCAGUUUGUCAUCUCUCGGACGGCCCACAAAGACAGCAGUUCGUACUACAGUCUCAACGACACCAGGAAACCCUUCAAAGACAUCGCAGCUCUCCUCAGAGAGAGCGGAAUCGAUCUCGAUCACAACAGAUUUCUCAUUCUUCAGGGUGAGGUAGAGCAGAUUGCUCUCAUGAAACCAAGAGCACAGACGGAGCACGAUGAGGGAAUGUUGGAAUUUCUGGAAGACAUCAUUGGAACCUGUGAAUGUGGAGAGCACGAACAAAAGGCGAGAGGAAGAAAGGAAGAGCUUGAGGCCCAGGUCAAGGAUCACGAAACAGUUCUGGCCCAGUUGUCAGCUGAAAGGAAAGAGAAAUUGAAAACUCAGAAAAAGGACUACAAAGUAUAUGAGCGUCUAGCUAAGGGCAGCGAGGAGUGUAAAGAGAGCAUGGCCAGCUGUGAGCAGAGGGACGUCAGAGCAAGACAGGCAAGAUGUGAAGAACGCCAGGAAUACCCAGAAGAAGACGACCAAGAGCCUGGAGAAGGAGAGGGGAGGCUGAAGGAGCUGCAGGCUGCUCCGGAGAAACACCGCGGCGAGAUUACAAAGACGGAGGCGAAACUUGUCACCCUUGAGGCGAGAAGGGAGGAGGAGGAGCAAAGGCUGCUGGAAGUCAUGGAGAGUGAGGGAACAUUGCUUUUAUUCUUCUGUACAUCUUGGUAUGUAUGUGACUGUAUGUACGUUUGUAGGUCUGAAGACUGCCACUGUCGAACAACAGAGGAGAAGGAGGAACACGAGACAAAGUUGAUAGAUUUGAAGAGGGCGGUAAAUGAGGCGAAAUCUAAGUUGGAUGUGGCAGUGGCAGAGUUAGAAAUCUACAGAGAGAAACACACUCGUCUCGAGAGGCAAAUCGACGAAAUACGAACACAACUUGAGACCGUCUCUAAGUCACUUGAAGAAGAUCAGGCGACCCACACGUCACUUCAGAAGAGCCUGCCGGCCAAGAAGAAGAGACUUACAAAGGCCCAGGCUGAGCUGACGGCACUCACGGAGAAGUGGGAGGGGCUUAGGAAGGAAGGGACAGGUGCUAAAGGCCCUGAUGGAGCAACGAGAUUCUGUAAAAUUUCUGGUAUCCACGGGCGACUGGGUGACCUGGGAGCCAUUGACGACAAGUACGACGUUGCCGUGAGCACGGCUUGUCGGGCACUGGACUACAUUGUUGUCGACACCAUGGAUACCGCCAUGAAAUGUGUCGAAUUCCUGAAGAAGAGGAAUAUCGGUUUGGCCACUUUCAUCGGUCUGGAUAAGAUUGAGCAUUUGAGGAAAGAGUGCAACAUCCAAGAUAACCACGUACGUACCCCAGAGUCAGUUCCGCGGCUGUACGAUCUCAUCCGACCCAAAGACCCUCUCUUUGCGGCCGCCUUCUUCUUUGCCCUGAGGAAUACUCUCGUUGCCACUGACCUCGACCAGGCCACUCGCAUCGGCCUGCAGGGGAGAACCAGAUUUCGUGUGGUAACACUGGGAGGACAGUUGAUUGACACCUCAGGUACCAUGUCGGGAGGGGGUGGAAAGGUCGCCAAGGGGAGAAUGUCGUCUCGUAUCCACGACGACGUGUCGCCACAGCAACUGACACAGAUGGAAAGUUCGCUGACUCGGAAAGAGAAAGAGUUGGAGGAGUGUGGCAAACGUAAGUCGGAACUGGAGGAAGAGGUGAAGAGACUAAAGACAGAGGUUUCAGUGGAGGAGACGGCGCUGAAGAAGACCGGGAGGUCGGUCGAGGUUCUCGGGUUGCAGCUGGAGGCCCUGCGAGAGAGGGAGAGGGAGCUGGAGAGGGAGAAGAGGGAGGGAGGAGGGAGCAAACUGGAUGCCGCACACCUGAAGAAGCUAGAGGGACAAGUGAAGACGUUUGAGAGAGAGUAUGAGAAAGCUUCAGAGAAGGCGGGCAAGGUUGAAGCUGUAGUGAAAAGAUUGCACGAGGAGAUAAUGGCAGUGGGCGGGGCCAGACUGAAGCCUCAGCAGGAGAUGGUCGAUAAACUGGUGAAGGAAAUCGACGACGCAAACGCAACUGUCACUAGAGCUACUGUCGGGAUCAAGACCAAUGAACGAGAUACGAAGAAGUGUGCGGACAAGAUCAGUUCUCUGGAGAGAGAUUUGGCAGAAACUGAAGCCAAGUUGGAGGAACUGAAGGGAGUGCUGACUCAACUGGAGGAAGAAGCCACACAGGUUGUCACCAAACAGGAUGAGAUGGAGGCAGAGCUGAAGGAGAAGGAGGUGCUGAUAGGGAAGAUGAAGAAGGAGAUUGAGGAGAUGCAGGCGCAGGAGGCCAGGGAGGAGGGGAAGUUGAUGGACGUUCGUCACGAACUGGAGAAGUACGUGGCAAAGAUGAAGGAAAACCAGCAGAAAAUCAACCACUUUAAGAAUGAGAUGAAGAAGCUGGAUGUUGGGGGUGAAGAGGUGCCCGUACUGACCCAGGAACAGCUGGAAUCUCUCGACAAGAAAGCUGUUGAGUAUGAGAUAACAAUGAUAGAGGAGAGGAUGAAACAAAUGACUCCAAACAUGGCCGCCAUUGAGGAGUACAAGAGGAAGGAAGAGCUGCACGCGGCGAGACUGGCAGAGCUGGAUACCGUCACUGCCGAGAGAGACGAAGCCAGGAAGAGAUUCGAGGAGCUCCGCAAACAGAGACUCGACCAGUUCAUGACCGGCUUCUCGACCAUCACUUACAAACUGAAGGAAAUGUAUCAGAUGAUAACGCUGGGAGGGGAUGCAGAGCUGGAGCUUGUGGACAGCCUCGACCCUUUCUCUGAGGGAAUCGUGUUCAGCGUGAGACCGCCAAAGAAAAGUUGGAAGAACAUUUCGAAUCUCUCCGGCGGCGAGAAGACACUUAGCUCACUGGCCCUGGUGUUUGCUCUUCAUCACUACAAGCCGUCUCCACUGUACGUGAUGGACGAAAUUGACGCUGCGCUAGACUUCAAGAACGUGUCCAUCGUAGCACACUACAUCAAGGAACGCACGAAGAACGCACAGUUCAUCAUCAUCAGUCUGCGUAACAACAUGUUUGAGCUCGCCGACCGGCUAGUCGGGAUCUACAAGACAGACAAUUGUACCAAGAGCGUUACCAUUAACCCUCACAAGCUGAGGGUAGGUGCCCCGCCCACUGCCCCUCCUACUACCAUCGCCACCGCCGAGGCUUAGGAACGAAAAACCUAAACUAGACCAUCGUUUCCUUCUUUAGCCAGUAAUUAUACAACACCACACUUUUCCAUGCUCCUAGCAAAACUAUUGCUUUCGCUCUGUCUGGUUUAAUGUGAGCAAAAAGUAAAGCUGAAACCAUUAUAUAUAGGCUAUUUGAAAUUAUGUUGACUCAAUAAUGUGGCACUUAUCCUUUUGUUAACGAGAUUAGCAAACUAAAACCAUAGCCAAAUUGAUGAAAUAA